AAGGGACUUGACAUUAGCAAGAGGUAAGAGCUGCUGCAGUUUAGUGUUGCUUUCUAGCUCUGGGAGAUCUGGGGGAUCUGAGGCUCAGGGGGAUCUGGGGUUCUGAGGGAUCUGAGGCUCCUGCAGAUCUGGGGGCUCUGAGGCUCAGGGGGAUCUGGGAGCUCUGAGGGAUCUAGGUGAUCUGGGGCUCCUGCAGAUCUGGGGGCUCUGAGGGAUCUAGGUGACCUGGGGCUCCUGCAGAUCUGGGGGCUCUGAGGCUCGUGGGGAUCUGGGGGCUCUGAGGGCUCGGGGGGCUCUGAGGCUCGGGGGGCUCUGAGGCUCAGGGGGCUCUGGGGCUCUGGGGGCUCUGCUACUGCUACUGUUACUACUACUGCUGGAUAUUCUUCAAGAUGGCGGAGAGCACGGAUCUGGAGCAGCUGAUGAACUCCUUUAAGAAGUUUGCGAUCCACGGAGACACCAAGGCUACCGGGAAGGAGAUGAACGGGAAGAACUGGGCUAAACUGUGUAAGGACUGCAAGAUCAUCGACGGGAAGAAUGUCACCGGCACUGACGUGGAUAUCGUCUUCACGAAAGUCAAAGCGAAGACGUCCCGGGUGAUCACCUACGAGGAAUUCCAGAGAGCCCUGGAGGAGCUGGCCCCGAAGAGGUUCAAAGGUCAGAGCAAAGAGGAGGCCCUAACGUCUGUCUACAAGCUGAUAGAGGGCAAGGAGCCCACCAACGUAGGAGUCACGAAAAUGGCGAAGACAGCCGCAGUGGACAGACUGACGGACACCACCAAGUACACAGGCUCCCACAAAGAGCGCUUCGACGAGAGCGGGAAGGGGAGGGGUAAGGGCGGGCGGGAGGAGCUGGUGGAGGAAACGGGAUACGUCGGCUCCUACAAGAACGCCGGAACCUACGAGGAGAAAACCAAGGCUAAGUAGACCACCGGGCCAGGCGGUGUGGUCAACAGGUCCAGUAGACCACCGGGCCAGGCGGUGUGGUCAACAGGUCCAGUAGACCACCGGGACAGGCGGUGUGGUCAACAGGCCCAGUAGACCACCGGGCCAGGCGGUGUGGUCAACAGGUCCAGUAGACCACCGGGCCAGGCGGUGUGGUCAACAGGUCCAGUAGACCACCGGGCCAGGCGGUGUGGUCAACAGGUCCAGUAGACCACCGGGCCAGGCGGUGUGGUCAACAGGUCCAGUAGACCACCGGGCCAGGCUGUGUGGUCAACAGGUCCAGUAGACCACCGGAACAGGCGGUGUGGUCAACAGGCCCAGUAGACCACCGGGCCAGGCGGUGUGGUCAACAGGUCCAGUAGACCACCGGGCCAGGCGGUGUGGUCAACAGGUCCAGUAGACCACCGGGCCAGGCGGUGUGGUCAACAGGUCCAGUAGACCACCGGGACAGGCGGUGUGGUCAACAGGCCCAGUAGACCACCGGGCCAGGCGGUGUGGUCAACAGGUCCAGUAGACCACCGGGCCAGGCGGUGUGGUCAACAGGUCCAGUAGACCACCGGGCCAGGCGGUGUGGUCAACAGGCCCAGUAGACCACCGGGCCAGGCGGUGUGGUCAACAGGUCCAGUAGACCACCGGGCCAGGCGGUGUGGUCAACAGGUCCAGUAGACCACCGGGCCAGGCUGGGUGGUCAACAGGCCCAGUAGACCACCGGGCCAGGCGGUGUGGUCAACAGGUCCAGUAGACCACCGGGCCAGGCGGUGUGGUCAACAGGCCCAGUAGACCACCGGGCCAGGCGGUGUGGUCAACAGGCCCAGUAGACCACCGGGCCAGGCGGUGUGGUCAACAGGUCCAGUAGACCACCGGGCCAGGCGGUGUGGUCAACAGGCCCAGUAGACCACCGGGCCAGGUGGGGUGGUCAACAGGCCCAGUAGACCACUGGGCCAGGCGGUGUGGUCAACAGGUCCAGUAGACCACCGGGCCAGGCGGGGUGGUCAACAGGCCCACAACAUGAGAUGUAUCCCAAAUUACAUCCUACUCUAUAUAGUCCACUACUUUGACCAGAGCGCUAUGGGUCCUGGUCUAAAGUAGUGCACUAUAGAGGGAAUAGGGUGCCAUAGGGCUCUGGUCUAAAGUAGUGCACUAUAUAGGGAAUAGGGUGCCAUAGGGCUCUGGUAUAAAGUAGUGCACUAUAUAGGGAAUAGAGUGCCAUUUGAGACGCUUCCAGGGUCACUAUCCCCUAAGCCCCCCCCCCCCUUACAGUCGGGACCAAACCCUGAACCCAGAACUCUGACCCCUAACCACAGGCUUAACCCCAGGCCCUUUCGACAGAGGCUGUCCUCUCCUAUCUUUGAUAUGUCCUGAGGGGGUGUGUGUUGUCAUUGGGGAUGAUGAGAGAGAGAACAUGUCCUGAGGGGGUGUGUGUGUGUUGUCAUUGGGGAUGAUGAGAGAGAGAAC